AGGAAGAAGAACGGGGAUCGUAGGGAUCGAUACUUUUUACUAUAGUUUAUUUUAUAUAUUAGUAUUAGCUAGUGCAAUGAAGACAGCGAUGUUCGGACGUGUGUCCUGUUGAUGUGUGUGUAAAUCACCAACCGUGUCUUACAUCUGGACUGACCAUGUCCCCACAGUAAAGUGACAAGAAUCCCCUCUGCCUAUGUGACACCCGGACAGCCUUUUAAGAUCCAAGAUGAAGGAUUUAGCAGCCCUGGAUAACACCAGCAACGAAGCCUUUAAACUUCUCAAGCAACUGAAUGUACAUCUGGAGCAAGAAUGCAAGUACCAGCCCAAGGAGAAGGGCUUGAUCCUUAUAGAGUCCACCGGAGAGAAUGAUAAUACAAUCUGUCCAAAAUCCAGAAAUGCAAAGGUAGAAGACUUGUGGAGUUUAACAAACUUCUAUGGCUUCAGUAUGGAGACCUUUGUCUUGGCUGUGAACAUCUUGGAUCGGUUUUUGGCUAUCAUGAAAGUGAAGCCAAAGCACUUGUCCUGUAUUGGCGUUUGCUGCUUCCAAAUGGCGGCCAGAGUUAUAGAGGAGGAAUGCAAUAUCCCAUCCACUCAUGAUGUCAUCCGCAUCAGCCAAUGUAAAUGCAGUGUGUCUGACAUUAAACGUAUGGAGAAAAUCAUAUCCGAAAAACUGCACUUUGACUUCAAAGCUACCACUGCCUUAACCUUCUUGCACUUAUACCACACUUUAGUAGUCUGCCAUUCCUCUGAGAGGAAAGAAGUAUUAAACCUUGACAAACUGGAAGCUCAGCUGAAAGCUUGCAACUGCCGCCUCAUUUUUUCCAAAGCAAAACCCUCAGUGUUAGCCUUGUGCCUUCUUACACUCGAAGUAGAAACCUUGAAGUCUCUGGAACUGUUUGAGAUAGCUCUGCGCGUACAGAAACAUUCAAAGGUAAAGGACACAGACAUGCUCUAUUGGAGAGAGCUUGUUUCCCAAUGCCUAGCAGAUUAUUCGUCCCCAGAAUGCUGCAAACCGGACCACAAGAAGCUUGUAUGGAUUGUGUCCAGACGCACUGCACAGAACCUUCAUAACAGUUAUUACAGUGUUCCAGAGUUACCAACCAUUCCAGAGUAUGAAUUUAUGAAUGAAAGUGAGAGUGAGGACUCGUGUGAAGAUAUGAGCAGUGGGGAAGACAGUCUAAGCAGCUCUCCACCAAGUGACCUUGAGGUUUCCUUCUUUUUUGAUGACUGCAAGCCAAAACUCAAACGUCGUAGUCGCCACCUCUAUCCUUUGUAACAAAGGGCAUUAUACUUUGUAUGCAUGUGGUGAAAUUGUACUGAAAGAUGUUGUGAAUGAAAGAUGACAUUGUUUCACAAGUUAGAGAUUCGUUUUAAAUGCCUACAAGAGUUCCUCAAUUUCAAAUGCCAACAUAACAACAGCCAAUUUUGUAAUGCCAUUUAUACAUCUAAAUUUGGUGGUCUUUGAUUUGCUGCUAAAACUGCAUAUUUGGA